UCAAUCUGUUCUAGAAUGGCAAGCAUAUCUCCAACGAGGUUGAAAUACGUCGUACCUCUGAGACAUCCUGUCACUGUUUCUCCGACCGAACCUCGCGAGGCUUCCCUCAUUCGAUCGUCGGAUCGACCCUGCUUCGAUCCAUUGCCAAUGGGUAAUCCUGGUGAAUGUUCUUCUACUCAACUAAUUGAUGGAGAUGGCACAUUUAAUGUCGACGGACUGGAAAAUUUCAUCAAGGAGGUCAAAUUGAGGGAAUGUGGUCAUUCAUACGCCGUAGUCUCCAUCAUGGGUCCUCAUAUUAGUGGGAAGAGUACGCUGUUAAAUCAUCUAUUUGGCACCAACUUUAGGGAGAUGGAUCAUUUUAAAGGGAGGCAUGUCUACAAACCGACUGUUUAGCUCACUCUUAUGAAGUAUUUGGAUUCCGAAAGUGCAAAACCAGUUUGGUAUUUUUCCGGGUCCCAAACCACCAAAGGUAUAUGGAUGGCAACAGCUGCUGGCAUGGAACCGUGUACCCUGGUUAUGGACUUGGAGGGAACUGGA